AUGAUAUUGAAGCAAGAAAUAUUCUCUAAAAUUUCAAAAAUAAUUUUUAAUUUACAGCAAAAACGCAAAAAUGAUGAACGGGAACGUAAAAAGGCCGAAGUGCGUAAACGCCUGGAAGAAGCAGGGAGAAUGAAAAAGGCUAAAAAGGGGUUUUUGACGCCUGAAAGAAAAAAGAAGUUGAGGGCAAGUUUUAAUUAUUCUAUUAUUUAA